UUAAAGCAGCAACAGACUAGCCAGCCAUAUUAUAGAGGUGGAAAUAAAGCUGCCCCAAUAUUAUAAAUGUCUUUAAAAUAAAUCCGUGCAUUUUUUUUUUAGCAUCUAACCACUGCUCACCUUGCAGCCCUGAGUUCCCAGAUCACCCCCUCCCAGCCCCUAACCAAACUACAUCUCAGUCCUUGAAAAUGCACAGAGACGCCUGGCUCCCUCGCCCAUCCUUCUGUUUCACUGGGCUCAGUCUGUUUUUCUCUCUGGUGCCAUCAGCAUCGAGCAUGGAGGUCACAGUUCCCAUGACCCUCAAUGUCCUCAAUGGCACUACUGUGCGCCUGGCCUGCACCUUUAACUCCUGCUACACAGUGAACAAUAAACAGUUCUCCCUGAACUGGACAUACCAAGAGUGCAAGAAUUGCACUGAGGAGAUGUUUCUUCAGUUCCGGAUGAAAAUCAUUAACCUGAAACCAAACCGUUUUGGGGAUCGAGUAGAAUUCACAGGGAACCCCAGCAAGUAUGAUGUGUCUGUGACCCUGAAUAAUGUACAGCUGGAGGAUGAGGGCACCUACAAUUGCUAUGUCAUGAACCCGCCUGACCGCAACCGUGGUCUAGGCAAAAUCUACCUACAGGUCCUAACACAAGUGCCCCCUGAACGUGACUCAACGGUGGCUGUGAUUGUGGGUGCCUCAGUGGGUGGUUUCUUGGCUGUCGUCAUCCUGGCACUGAUGGUGGUCAAGUGUGUGAGGAGGAAACAGGAGCAGAAGCUGAGCGCGGAUGACCUGAAGACCGAAGAGGAGUGUAAGACAGAUGGGGAGGGCAAUCCAGAAGAUGGCACCAAGUAAGGGCGGGUGGUCUCUUGGCCUUCCUCCUCUCCUGCCUACCUGUCUCCCUCUCAUUUCCCACCCUAUACUGUGUGCUCCUUGCCUACCCUCUCAGUGUGCUUCUCUUAAGCCAGGAUUCCAGCCCCCAACUCUGCCUCCUCCUCACAGACCUCCCUCCCCCCCUGCCCUAAGAGUGACUCACCUCUCUUCCAUCAGAGACGCCCACCAUUAAACCAGCUGGGAACUGAAGUUCAGACUGGGUGCAGGAAAACAAAGGGGCCUAGUAGAUACCACUGCCCAUAUAAAUGCCCAUCUUCUUCCACAAGAAGAAGGUAAAAUGGGAUGGCCAUUCCUGCAUGAGAGGUAAGGAACUCAUGCCAGGAUCCUAAAGAUGAAGUGUUGGGAGAAGAUGAUGGAGGACGAAGAAAUAAGCCCCCUCAGCCUGUCCAGUACUUGGUUUGAGCCUCUACUACUGUAUCAGUCUUAGAGAGAGCCCUGUUUAAGGGGCUGUUCUGGCAUUAUUGGAGCUACCCCUGAAGAUGAUCCUAUCUGCUGGUUUCUGCAGAAUUCCAGAGAUUUUUUUCUAACAGAGAAUCCCCUCAAAGCUCAUCAAGUUUUUUAGGGGUGUCUGAAUGAGUUUCUAUAGUUUGGGGGUUUCUGGUAGACUAGUGUAUUUACUAGAUAGUGAAGGCUGGGAGCAAAACCCAGGAGAAGCAGGAGCUUUUGUCUCAGUAUUCUCUGUCUUGGCCCUGUUAUCCUCCCCAGAUCAUCUACAAAGUUCUUCCACCUCAUUAUUCUAUGCCCAGGAACCCCUUGGGUUUUUAGGGUGAUCUUACUAGAAGAAAUGGGAAUCACUUGAGCUGGGCAUGGGUGAAGGGAGUGUGUAGUUCCAGCUAGGUAUGCUGACUGGGGGUGGCUAUUUUGGCACUGGUUGCCUAGUGACAGGAAAGCCUCAGUUGUAAAUCUGGUUAGUGGUGGAGACACCUUUUACUAGCAGUCUCUGCUGACUGCCUUCUCAGAUGAGAUGCUCACUUCCUCUCCCUUCUCCCAACCUAUGCCUUAGGAACACUCAGUGUGUGUGUGUGUGUGUGUGUGUGUGUGUGUGUGUGUGUGUGUAUGGGAGAAUGGUAAGAGCAAAGGGAGACACAUUCUCAGCUGAAGUAUGAGUACUGAAUGUGGGACUCAGAAGAAUGGGGAUAGUGUCUUUCCAAGGUCCACUUUGGACAGACCAUUUCCACAGGGUCUCUGACUAGUUUGAUUUGCUGUCCAAGUCCAUAAAUCAGGUUAGAGACCAGAGAUGAGGUGGGAUGAGGAGGAGGUGUUUUGGAGGGGGCUUCAAAUCUCCUUAUCAUUUAGACCUAGAGUAGACCUCAAUUCUGCCCACUUAUGGUGAUGGGUGGGACUAGGGGAGAGGAAUCAAAGACACUACCUGAGAGGAGACCUAAUUUUCACUGCCAAUUUUCCAGCUACCCCAAACCAGAGAUGUAAGAGUUGCUUCAACUUGUACUUUCCUUAGCUCCUUCAGGAGGAAAGAUGAAGUCUGGAAACAUUCAGUCAGGACACUGAGUCCUCUGAGGAUUCCACCACACUCUUCCCUGGUUCAUCUGUGCCCAGGAAGAGUCAGGCAGGCUAACUGGUUCUCUAGGCUGCAGGAGUUUUUUUUUUCCUUUAGGCUUCUGGAUAGUUAAGAGGGAGUGUAUGGAAUGCCCUCCUUGGGCUGUAGAUGAAGGGGGAAUUGAUCAUUGCCUUUCCUUUCCUUACUGUAACUCCUCCAGACAUUUCACAAAAGGAUUCUGCUGCUUUGCUUUAAAAAAUGUAUUUGAAACAGAGGGAGUCAGAAUAAUGGGAAAUGGAAACACUAAAGAUGUUGGGAAAUGCCUUUAUGCUACAACCUAGGCUAAAUUCACUCUGAGCCCUGGUUGGUCCCUUGCUCCAUCCCAGUAUUGCAUCUCUAGGGGACAAAAUGUCAAUGGCAGGGCAUGUGGGUGAAAGAAGAGGUGAAGGGAGGGGACUGAGACAGUCUUCUGAGACAACAUUCUUGCCCCCGACCACCUGGCCUCUCAGGUUUCUGUGGCUCAAAAAGAACUGGGUAAGACAGUCUGAAACUCUGGGGAUGCACACGAAGCCAUAACAGAUAAGCGAACUACCAGCUCAGCUCUUUGUGGGACCAAGAUUAUAAUAAUUUUUUUGUGUGUGCAUCUAAUUCCAUCUCUGUAGCUAAAGCCUAAGCCAUUACUGCUGGGUUGGAGUUUGGGAAGAGAUGGAGUAGGAAAAGAGGGUGAAAGAAUAGGGGAAGGGGAGAGGAGUUUCACCUCCAAGGGUUGAAGACAGAGCUGCUCUAGGGCAGGGUGAAACAUUACAUCCCAACUUUCUCCAUCUUGUUCUUAACUGCCAGAUCAACACUGCCAAUAGGGCUAGGGUGGAGUGAAGUUCAGCAGGCUGGUCAUCUGGGGUAGGUUGGUACUGGCUGUCCCUGAGCAGGAAAGGAAGACCAUGGGGGGACUCUUACCUGUUUUUAUUAGUACCUAAGGAGGGUCACUCACUUCUUCUUCUUCUUCUUCUUUCUUCUUCUUCUUCUUCUUCUUCUUCUUCUUCUUCCUCUUCCUCCUCCUCCUCCUCCUCCUCCUCUUCCUCUUCUUCUUCUGAAUGUACCUUCCCUCUGUCCUCUCAUCACCUCUAAAUUUCCAGCCCAUUCUGAUUCUGGACACUAUUCUUCCCUGGGUUUUUAAAGUUUCUGAGAAGAAGUUGAUUUUCCCUUCUUCCAGCCUUUCAAAUAUUUCAAAUAUCUCCAAGGGCCAGAGAGGAUCUCUUCAAGACUAACUUCAAUUAAAAAAAAACAAACAAGCAUUGAUUAAGCAUCUGUUCUGUGUCUUUGGGGUACAAAGACAAAAAUGAAACAGUCCCUGUCCUAGGGGAGCUUACAUUCUUCCUGGGAGAGGGAAUACAACAUAAACACAGUCUAUACAAAGUCAUCUCAAGAGGGAGAGAACAACAGCUUCUAAGGGAAUCAGGAAAGGCCUUGUAUAGAAAGUGGUGCCUGAGCCAUGCUUUGAAAAAAGCUUUGGAUUCAAGGAGGUGGAAAUGAGAAGGGAGGGCAUUGGACAUGGGGUGGGGAACCACCUUUGGAAAUUCGUGGAGGCAGGAGAUAUAAUGUUAUAUAUGGAGAACAAGUUUGUAGGCCAGUUUGAUGGAACAGAGUGCAAAGGGGGAAAUGAUUGGAAUCAUAUUGGAGAGGGCUUAAUAUUUCUACUUUAUCCUAAAAGCAAUAGUAGGUCACUAAGAAAUUUUGAGUAGGAAAGGGACAUACUCAGAUCUCUGCUUUUUUUUUUUUUUAAACCAGACCUGUGAUUUCAUUAGUGCAGGGAGUUUUCUCCAUCAAAGCAUAUUGACAUCUAGAGCCUGGGGAAGUGAGAGUAAGUGACAGGUAACCAGUAUGUAUCUGAGGCAACAUCUGAAGCCAGGUCUUCCAGAUUAUGAGACCAGUUCUCUAACCAGUAUACCGUGCUAUUGAAAAAUCUAUACUUUAGGAAUCCUAAUUUGGCAUGUGUGUGUGGAAUGGAUUAGAGACAGGGAGGGAAGGGGAAGAAGACUAAUAAGGAGGCCAUCGAAAUAGUACAGGAGUGGAGAAAUGAAGACCUUGCCUAGGGUGAAUAGAGACUUUGUGAGUGGAGAGAAAGGAAUGAAUUAAAGAGCUAUGGAGGUAGAAUUAACAAGAUUUGGUCAAUAGAAUAAGGAGGUGAGGAGAGAGAGGGAAGAGUUAGAAGAGAUUCCAAGGUUGUGACCUGUGUGAGUGGUAGGAUGGUGGUGCUCUCAAAAGAAAAAAAAGGGAAAUUUGGAGAAGUGAUGGGUUUUGGAAGACAGAGAGAGAGUUUGGACAUGUUGAAUUUGAGAUGCUGAAAAGAUGGAAUGUCCAGGUAGAGAUGUCCUUCAGGCAGCUGGUGAUAUGGAACUUUAGGUGACACAUAGAUUGGAGAAUCAUCUUCAUAGAGAUGACAAUUGAAUCCAUAGGAGCAGAUCACAUCACUAAGGGAGACUAAGGAGAAACAGAAGAGCUAGAACUGAGUACCAGGGUAUUCUCACACUUAUUGGAUGUGACCAGGAUGAUGAGGCUGAGAAGAGGUGGUAAAAGAGGCAGGGGGAGGCCCAGAAGGAAGCCAAGGGAGGAGACUUUCCAGGGUAAGGGUGGUCAGCAGUGUUAAAAAUGGCAGAGAGAUCAAACAGCGAGGACUAAGGAUAAGCUAUUGGACUGAACAGUUUGAUAACCUUGUAGAAAGUAGUUUCAGGGGAAGCUAGGUGGCACAGUGGAUAGAGCACCUCAGAAGGACCUGAGUUCAAAUCCGGCCUCAAACACAUAACA